UCCUCUUCUACCCCGCAGAAUACUUCCUUCACAACUCUUUCUACUUGAGCGCGAUUAACAAUGGCGGCCAAUUCCCUGACAGCUAUCCCAAACGUUACCUUGAACGAUGGUACCUCCAUUCCAGUGGUUGGCUAUGGCACAGGCACUGCCUGGUUCAAAACAGGAGACACGGGCAUUAACCGUGAGCUAGUCGAGACAAUCAAAGAUGCAAUCAAGCUGGGAUACCUCCACUUGGACGGGGCAGAGGUUUACGGCACUGAGCCCGAACUGGGCGUGGCGAUCAAAGAGAGUGGCGUGGCGCGCGAGAACCUCUUCGUGACGACUAAGGUGAUGACGAACAUUGCGGAUAUCCCGAGAGCGAUUGACGAGAGCCUCAAAAAGCUCCAGCUUGACUAUGUUGACCUGUACCUGAUACACUCGCCGUUCUUUGCCAAAUCGGAUCGUGAACUACAAGAGGCGUGGGAAGCAAUGGAGAAGGUCAAGGCUGCAGGAAAAGCUCGCUCGAUAGGAGUAUCAAACUUCCUGCAGACACACUUGAAUGUCCUAUUGAAGACUGCAAAGGUGGUCCCCUCAGUCAAUCAGAUUGAAUACCACCCGUAUCUCCAGCAUGAUACGUUAGUUCCCUUCCAUGAAACCAAAGGGAUCGCGACGGCCAGCUACGGGCCGUUGACACCCACCACCCGGGCUCGAGGUGGGCCCCUUGAUGGACUUCUGUCAGAUCUGGCCAAAAAGUAUGCCGUUGGUGAGGGCGAAAUUCUGUUGAGAUGGUCUGUAGACCGUGGCACUAUCACGAUCACGACCAGCGGCAAGAAGGCCCGCCUUAGCAGCUAUCUGCAGAUUCUGAACUUCCAACUCACACCGAAGGAAGUUGAAGAAAUCUCCACCCUUGGAGGCCAAAAGCAUUUCAGGACCUUUUGGCAAGAUAAGUUCGCGCCUGAUGAUCGUUCCUAAGAUAGAGGAUUACUGUGAGCCUGGAGUAUUUCGAUACAAUCUCCUUCUGGUUUUUUGACUCCCCGCGAUUGGGUGGAGAAGGUGUGGGGGUCAGUUGCUUGUUUCCAUGGAUUGUUGAUACUGGAGAAGGGGAUACUUCUACCCCAUAGUGU